CAUGUAUGUACUGUUGGAUCAACUGGGUUUGGUGUCAGCUGGUUACAUGGUGGAUUUAUGAUGAAGGUUCAGUUGACGUGCGCAGUGCUUGAUUUCUGUGUAUGGAUAUUAAAGUGAUGAGGCAUGCUAAGUGGAGGACCGAAAGAAAUAUAUAGAAGAGAUAUGGCGCCUGAGAGAAUUGAGAUUUCUGAUGAAGAUGAUCAAAGCAGUGAUGCAAGUUUCGAAAUUCAAGCUAAAAAUGACUGUUUACUCAGUUCUCAAAAGUGUUUGUUCUUUGACCUGAAUGAGGAAGCAAGUACUGGAGAUGAUGAUCAGGAUGUUUCAUCCAACGAAGGCACCCAAGCCGUCGGCAGCAGAACAUCUCCAGAAGGUAAUUUAAGUUGUAAUAACACAAGUGUUGAAGGAAAAGAACGGACAAUUGCAGUAAGGCAAUAUGUUCGAUCCAAGAUGCCGAGGCUUCGUUGGACUCCUGAUCUCCAUCUAGCAUUCGUCCAUGCUGUUGAGAGGCUCGGCGGACAAGAAAGAGCAACUCCAAAAUUAGUUCUUCAAUUGAUGAAUGUGAGAGCACUUAGCAUUGCCCACGUAAAGAGUCACUUGCAGAUGUAUCGAAGUAAGAAGCUGGACGAGUCAGGCCAAGUUAUCUCUCAAUCAAGUAGAGGAAUGCAAGUAAAAGAUCACAUUCUGGAAGUCUACCGCAAAUUCAAUCCUUAUGGGCACUUAAGACAUGUUGAUGACAACGGAAGCCAUUUUUCUUCUCCACCGGUAUUGAAACAGCAGCCAUAUGAUGAUUUCAACGCAAACUCUUCAAGGUCGAUUUCAUUGUGGAGAGAAAAUUCCGGGAUAGACAACCAUGGGAGCAAUAUAAGAAGCUCACACAUUUUUCAUGUAAGGGAAGCAAGAACAAGAGAUGGGCCUUUUAGACCCAGCCGAUUUCUUGAAGAGAAGAGAUGGCCUCCUUGUCAAUUGAUUGGAAACCACAUGAAGGGUAGGAGACAUUUGCUAAACUUUACUUGGGGUGAUAUCAACAAUGUUCCACAACCUAAUAACUUAGUAUGGAGCGCCAAAGCAAGUACCAUUAACCAACAUCAACCCAAUACAUGCAGUCCAAAGUUCAUCUCUAGUAGCUAUGAACCCUUAUCUCAGCUUGAGGUUCAAAAACUUCAAUGCACAAAUGAAGAAAUGUUUCAACCAAAAGUUGGCCCCAACAUGAAAACGAUGAGACAGAAGACAUGGGUACCAGAUUUACAGUUAAGUUUAAGUCACGAUUUCAGCAAUGGCAGUGUGGUAAAUGAUAGCCAAGAAAGCAGGAAAGAUUUUGAAUCAAUGCUUUCUCUUUCGUUGUCCUCCUCUUCGGCCAGGCAACAAGAACAAUCCACUACACCUACGUCAAGAAUUCGACUCUCGGUUUCAAGGACUUAGGUGUUCUUGAAAAGAAAAAAAGAAAAAAGAAAACAUUAAGAUAUUACCCAAGU